CAUCCACGUCGGCGCAGCAUAGCGAACAAACAUGGCAAACUUUCGGGCAGCUAUAUUGCUUGCAAUAGCUGCUUCAUGCUCUGCAGCUAAGCUCACGGUAUCGAUUCCGCCAUCACAGCUUCUCGAAAACCCCUACGAGCUGCCUGCUUCAACACACGCAGUCCUGCUUGGCCCGCCUGGAAUACGAUACGAUGCCCCUCUGCGCCGCGACAACACCUUCGUGUUUCCCGAUCUGCCAGACGCAAGCUACCUGCUCACUCUGCACUCUCGCGACUUCUUCUUCCCGCCUCUCCGAGUAGAUGUCAUCGCGAAUCCCGAAGAGAAUGCACAGAACAUCAGUGCAUGGCAGACCUUCCGAGGCAAUGAGUGGAGCAAUAAGGGACAUUCGUUCGGAGAGGGUAAAGACGAGCUCAAGAUUGAUGUGAUACCUGCUGCAAGGAAAGACUUCUACCAGCAGAGAGGAGGAUUCAACGUUUUGGGGUUCUUGAAGAGUCCUAUGAUCCUGAUGGCUCUCUUCUCGGUCGUCAUGAUCUUUGGGCUCCCAUAUCUUAUGGACAACAUGGACCCAGAAGCAAAGGCGGAAUUCGAAGAGAUGUCCAAGAAGUCUCCACUCACGGGCUCCAGUGGUGCCGCAAGUCAAAUGCAGAAUUUUGAUCUGGCGGGAUUCCUGGCAGGUCGAUCAAGUGCGCCAGCAGAACAGCCAGCUCCCGCUGCAAGCGGAGGCAAGAAGAGAUAGCCUACGAACAGAUACAAUAGACGAAUCUCAUGCUUGACGG